GCGUCGGAGUUUGGAGCAUGCGCAGUGCGUCUUCGUCGUGAGGGUGGUGGGCGCUCGACGUUUGUGUCUCUAGCUCCGACUGUUCGUUCCGAAAGGAGAAGCGUCGAGCGGAGGAACUCGUGAGGAGGUCGUCUCCCUCGAUGGCGGACGGAGGAGGGAAAGGAGGCUACAGCGAACAUGAUGAUCGUGUGGGUGGAGGAGGAGGUGGAGGAGGUGGCGGCGGUGGCAACAGAGGCUUCCCUGGACGGAGGAGAAAAGGCCGGGGGCCCUUCCGAGGAAAAAUGUACAGUGAAACGAACCACCAUCAGCGGAAUUGGAGCAGUGCAGGUCCUGGUCCUCACAACUGGCUGGAGGAAGAGGAUGGAGAUGUUCUCAUGAGCGAUGCACAUGAUGUGCUGCGAUCCCGCUACACUCCUUAUGGACAGCGUCCAAACCGACCAGAUCGGGGAAGUCUAAGCAAUGUUAAUCUCACAGUGAGACGGAAUCUGAAUAUUCCCGACCGGAAUGUUCCCAGGAAUACCGCCAACAAGCAGUCCUGGUAUAAGAUUACGAUUCCCUAUGGAAGGAAAUAUGAGAAGGCCUGGUUGAUAAAUGCCAUUCAGAACUUGUGCACCAUCCCCUUCAGCCCAGUAGAGUUUCACUAUGCCAGUAAUCGAGUACUGUUUUACGUGGACGAAGCUGCUGUGGCCAAUGCCCUCAAACAGGCAUCAAGGAGGAUUGUUGCACCAGAUGGCUACAAGGUGGUGCUAAUCGUGAACCCGUGCCCUCCGCCCGCGAGUGUCUAUCGUGAUCUAAAACCAGAGGAAAAUGAGCAACUGAAGCUUUGCAUGAGUAAAAGAUAUGAUGGUUCCCAGCAGGCUUUGGAUUUGAAGAAUAUUCAUGCAGAUUCAGAUCUAGUAGCACAAAACAUUGACAUGGUGUUGAGUCGCCGAUCCUGCAUGGUAGCUGUGCUGGAGAUCAUUCAAGAGAACAUCCCUGAGCUCCUUUCUUUGAACCUGAGUGAGAACAAGCUCUAUCGGCUGGAUGAUAUGGCUGACCUGCCCAUGAAGGCUCCCAACCUGAAGAUCCUCAAUUUAUCUGGCAACCAAUUGAAGUCAGAACGUGAGCUUGACAGGUUGAAAGGCUUGAAGCUUGAAGAACUGUGGCUGGACAGCAACCCACUGUGUGAUAACUUCCGGGACCAGUCCACCUACAUCAGUGCCAUCCGAGAACGGUUUCCAAAACUACUGAGACUGGACGGUCAUGAACUCCCUCCUCCUAUCACUUUUGAUGUUGAAACACCAACCACCCUCCCUCCAAGCAAGGGCAGUUAUUUUUGCUCUGAGGGCUUGAAAGUGCUAAUUGUACAGUUUCUGCAACAAUAUUACACCAUCUACGACUCUGGGGACCGGCAAGGGCUGUUGGAUGCCUAUCAUGAUGGAGCAUGUUGCUCCUUGAGUAUUCCUAUAGCAAACCCUUGCAGGAGCACUUUGGCUGACUACUUCAAAAGCAGCAGAAAUGUGAAGAAACUGAAGGAUCCACACAUGCGCUUCCGGCUUCUCAAGCACACAAAGCUGAGUGUUGUGGCUUUCCUCAGUGAGCUUCCCAAGACUCAACAUGAUAUUAAUUCCUUUGUGGUGGAUGUCUGUGCACAAACGAACACACUGCUUUGUUUCACACUGAAUGGGAUUUUCAAGGACGUGGACAGCAAGUGUCGGGACUCGGUGCGAGCCUUCACCCGCGUAUUCAUCACUGUGCCUGUUGGCCACAAUGGGCUGUGCAUUGUGAAUGACCAGCUCUUCAUUCGUAAGGCCACCAACAUGGAAAUCCGCAAAGCUUUUGUCAUGCCAGCACCCACACCUUCUUCCAGCCCUGUACCCACACUCACAGCGGAACAACAGGAGAUGUUGCAAAAUUUCUCGCUACAGUCUGGAAUGAACCUCGAGUGGUCUCAGAAGUGCCUUUUGGACAAUGAUUGGGACUAUGCUAAAGCGGCCCAUGCCUACGGCCAGCUCAAGGCUGAGCAGAAGAUUCCAGAAGUGGCGUUCAUCCACUGAACAUUGUCCUCACUUCUCCGGCCAGCAUUUUAUUUUGAGAUGCUGAUUUUGUAAAUAAAGUUUUCUCCGUGUAAAUUAAAGAGACUCCCACCCUGUUGGAUUAGGAAGACUGUAAGCCAUGCCUUUCACCAUUGGGAUCGAGGCAAAGGCUAGGACAGACUCGAUGAAGAGGCAGCAUCUCCCACCUCUGGUGACAGAAGAACUGCGGUGUAAAUCUUUUUUAUGAGGACAGAAUUGACCCUUUGUGGGGAUAUGGAGCCCUAAGAGGGAAGGGUCUCCGUCCUUGUAUCCCCCCCCUCCCCGAAAGUUAAUUUGGAAAUAUUUCUUUUGAUAUUGUUAUCUGUUUAGUUGUCUGCAGAAGCUGUCUGAAGUGUCAUGUUUUGUACACUUAGAUUAAGAAAGGGCCAGCCUUCCCCAAUGCCAAAGAAGCUGGCUGUGGUGGGCAAGGCAGCCAACCUUAAGCCAGAAACACUGGGUUUCCUAGUCCUAGGUUGCCUCUGAAGCUUUUCAAAAGGGGGCAUAUGGGGUUCCAGGUGACUGGUUUCCAGAGCUCUUAUGGGACAUUGGUUCAGCCUCUUCCCAAUUCCUAGAAAUCUGCUAUUGCUUAUCACUGAAGUGAGAGCCGGCAUAAAGUUGGCAUCCUCAGCAGGCAGUGGCUUCUGUGUGUCUCUUCCACUUCUAGUUCUUGAAAACACUGUGCUUAGUAAAAUUGUUAUUAAAAUCCUA